AAAAUGUUACCGUAAAAGAAAGUUGUAUCAAAAUAAAGCUUUAUGUUUAAAAUAGUGCCCACUACUGGUUUAUAUUUGAUUAUUUUAUGGAUUUCAUUAUCUGAAGGUGCUGAAUUUAUAUCUUCAAAUGAGACAACAUGGAAAGAUAUAACUACAAUUUGCCAGGUUGCAUUGCCCGAGAUAAAUUACGAGGCAUCAAAUAACAGGGAGGAAUUUAUUGUAGACUAUACUGGAAAUUUUGAAGAUGAAGAUUUGAAAGAGGGUGUAUGGGUGGGAUACUAUCUAUCUACUACGCCGUUUGAGUAUAUUGGCUGUACACAAACUGGAAAUAGAACUGCAACAUCUCGGUUCGAUAAAGACAUUCCAGGACUUUGUUUUUCAGCUUGUAAAUGGAAAGGAGUAAUUGGCAUCAGCAAUAGGCAGUGCUAUUGCUUGAACGAUAUCAACGGAUUAGACAUUUCCGAAAUUAAUUGUACAAAUGGGUGUAAUGAUCAGCCUGAUAUGGCAUGUGGUGGAGAACAUCAUAUAUCACUUUACAAAAUUUGCCUCACUGCCUUCGAAACAUCAGCUGAGGAUGAAACAGGACUUUGCCUUAAUUAUGAAAUAAACAGCAAUAAGACCAAGUUCUACUGGAGGAAUUGUAACGACAAUAUACAGACAAUAUGCACGUUGAAAAAUGGUUCCGUUGAAGUAUUAUCAAGUGUAGAAAAUACUCAAAUAACAUGGAAAGAUGCAAUGAACUUGUGCUUGGAAAACUCAAAGCAUCCAACAACAGUAGAACAUCUAGACCAAUUGCAAGGACGAGAAACAUCUCUUUCACCGUCUUGGGCAGGAGUCAUUUUAAGUGAUGCAAUUUACACAAUUAAUGAUUCUGCUACAAGACAAACAGAGAAGAAGUUCGGAUAUCUUCAGAAAAGUGGACAGAAAAUCGUGUUAAAAUUUGACAACAAUACAUCUUCAUCAAGAAAAAUCCUUUGUACAAGUGAUGUUUUAGAAUCAUCAAGUGAUAAAACAACAUCUAUAUCAAGUACAACCUCAACGGGGACAACAGUGAGCCGUGACUCCGCUUCUACAGUAGGUCAACAAUCACCGGAAACUUCACCUAAGACGAAAGACACAAAAGAUUCUACAUUUGGAGUUUCUGUGGGAAUUUCUGUUAGUGUUGUCAUUAUUGUCGUGGCGGUCAUUGUAAUAAUUGUGCAAUUAAAAAGACGUGGGAUUAUUCAAACUAAAUGUUUUAGAAAAGCCGAACCUGAAUGUUCUGCAUAUAUUUCCACCGGAAUACAUCCGGGCUUUAAAAAUGAUAAAAAUGCCUACGAAAUGUCUUUAGGUUCUCCUUAUGAUCAAAUUGAUGAUUUAGGACUCUCAUCAGAACGUUGCUCUGAUAAUGAAGGAACUGAUAAUGUCAUUAGCGGACACACAUACUUUAUCCUUGAAAAACAUACAUGGGAACCUGAUACCGACGACAACCUUGAAAAUAAGACAAAAACAGAAACAUGCAAUGUCUAUAAUGUACUGAACACAAAUGGAAACAACACUGGGAGCAAUGAGUCUGGAAAUACGUACGAUACUACUGAGAAAGUAGCCAUGAAAUUGAAAGCUCAGCACAAUAAGAAUGUAGGUGACGAUUCGUCGGAAAACACGUAUAAUCAUACAUGUAGAAGACCAGUUAAGGUAGGCAAAACUGACAACGUAUAUGGUAUUCUUAACAAUGUUGAAGGUGAAAACAAUGCUGUUGAUACAAGAAAUAAAAAGAGCCAGUUUAAUGGAGGAGACACGUACAGUCAUAUCAUGAAGAAAUAUUAAACGAUUGUAGUGUAAUACUAUGACAACUUUGAUGCUGUUGAAAUAACAUUCAAUUAUUGAAUAUCUAUUUUGUUUUGUUUUGAUAUACUUUUCAUGAUCAAAUGUAUUCGGAUUCAAUUAAACCUUAUCGAAUGCAUGUAAUAUAUCUAAUAAGAUGCUUGUUAUAGUGUAUAAAUCAUACUGUAAAAAAAUGUAUCACAAGCAACGAUCAUAACGAUUCGACAAUGACCCUUGUUUUUUAACUCGAAUUUUAAAAUUUGAUAGAUGGUUUUUGUUUUGUUUUAUUCUUAUUUUGUAUCUUUAAUCGUAAAAAAUGUUUGUUUUAUUGUUAUUGUAUAUCUAUAAUCUUAAAAAAUGUUUGCUGUAUUGUUAUUUUUAUACUUAUAAUUUUGAUUUUUUUGUUUUAUUAAUAUUCUAUAACUUUAAUCUUAAAAUUUGUUGUUUUAUGUUAUUUUAUAUCUGAAAUCCAAGAAGUAUCUGAAAACCCAUACUACAUUUAUUCCAUAUUAAUAAUUCAAUCUAAUAUUGGAUUCAAUACAACAUGUGUACAAAGGAGAUCGAAAGAUUUAGAACUGUUAUUGUCUAAAUGUAUAGUUUGACAUAUCUUAUUUUAAUUAAGAUUUAAUUAAAAAUGUCAUUGUCUUGCUUAUUAUGCUAUGCAGCUUGCAAAUCAAUCCUGUUAUUACUUAAAAGUGUAUUAUCAAAGCAAAUUUAAGCAA